UCCUUUUUGUUUUGUUAGCUAAAGGAUACCAUAGAACAUUUUGUCGUCAGCUACAAGUUUACAACAUCAAUCAACUUUUCAUUUUUAACUUUAAUUAAUAUUAUGGAGCAGAAAAUAGAAUGUAUCAUCAAGGUUGGAGGUAGUGUGAUCACUAAUAAAACUGAACUAGAGACGGCAAACCCUGAAAAUAUCGUGAAAACAGCCGAACUUUUGAGCAGACUGAAGGGGAAGUGCAUUCUUGUACAUGGAGCUGGAUCAUUUGGUCAUUUCCAAGCCAGUGAAUAUGGUGUUGCUAAAGGAUACACUUCUCUGUCACCAGAUGAACAGACUAUAGUUAAAGAAGGCUUCUGCAAAACAAGGAUCUCUGUUACAAAGUUGAAUCAUAUGGUAGUGCAGGCUCUGGUAGAGAAAGGAGUGAAAGCAGUUGGAAUAGCUCCCUGUGGUAGAUGGAAAACAAGGGGAAGAGGUCAAGUGGUGUCAAGUGAUUGCGAGGGGGUCAAUGAACUAUUACAGGCCGGUUUCUUACCUGUGUUACAUGGUGACUGUGUGUUGGAUGAAGAGCUUGGAUGUACAAUACUCAGUGGAGACACGAUCAUGCAGGUAUUGUGUGAAUUCUUCAAGCCCAAGAGAGUUGUCUUCCUCUCGGACGUACAGGGCAUUUUCACAAAGCCUCCACUCAACCCCAAAGCCAAGCUUAUUCCCAGAAUACAGGUAAAACAAGAUGGCAGCAUAGCAACCAUCAUAGCAACCGAGCAGCUAGACCACGAUGUGACAGGGGGCAUCAAGACAAAGAUAGCAGCAGCUUGCACCAUCGUGUCACAAAGUGGGGGCGCUAUACCCGUGUUUGUUUGUAAACUGGGAGGACAUUCAGCAGAGCUUGCCUGUUGGCAUAGCGAUAGGAGUGAUGAAUUUAAAGGUACUAUCAUCGAAGCUAGAGAGUGAUUUCCAGUUUUAUGAUGAUGCAACGCGAAACAAAGAUGAAGAGAACAUUAGUACAGUGUGUCCCUUAAACUGCAGGUUUACCAAUCCACUCAGGUGCUGUUUUUGUUUUUUUCCAAUAGGGCUUAGCAAAGGUUUCCCUGGAUUCCAUAUGUACGAGAGAUGCUGGGUCCAAAUUCUGAAUGAUGUACAGAUAUACAUAUAAAGCCUAACAAUGUUUUUUUUAAAGCAUGUUAUGCCAUGUUAGUAUUUCUUGAAUCUUAAGAUUAUGCCCUGAUACAAUCUAAUUUUUGUAAUAAAAAAAGUUAUUGUUAUCAUGAAAAUUUAUAGAUGAUAUGAUUUAUUUCUUUGUUCUGUAUAAAGUUUUUAGUUUGGUAAAAAAAAGUCCUGAAAUGAAGUUGAUCCAUUCAAUUAGUUUAUAUUUUCUACCACUACGAUAUUCAUCAACACCUUAUCAUCUUUUCAUUUACUCUAUAUCUCGCCACCUCCAACUGAAUAUUAUCAUUAUUUUAUUAGAAGGGAAUAUCUUUCCAGUUAACAAAUGUUCCUAUAUGUUGCUUAUCCCUUUGGAAAGAGGACCUGUGUCUGAUUUUGAUUUAGAAUUGCAAUAUUGCUUAAGAUCAAGAACUUUGUAUACUUUAACUGAUAAUGAAUGUCUUGUUUUGAGGAUGGGAACAUCCAUGAAACGCUGAUGUACUGUGUAAUGAGCAACAGAUGUAAGGAACUUACCCACAUAUUUCAUGCAAAGUUAAAAAUCCCACCUUCAUAGGAGCAUUUUGGGGCAAGAGUUUUUGGUGUGAUUGCCAAGCGACUUCCAUCGUAAUUUGCGAUUUUAGAAACCUCUUUCUUUUUUUGGCCUUAAAAAAACUGGCCUACUGGUAACUUUUGGGUGGUUUUGUAGUGCCAAGUCACAACUUUAAGCUAACAUAUCUGUCUUAUGGUAGUAAAACUCUACUAUUAAUAGAGUGAGAAAUAUACAGAAAUGAUAUCUCAAUGUUGUUUCCAAGGGCUCAAAAACUUUCUUAACCCAGGAAAUAUUAAAAUGUUUACGUUUAUGUAAGAGAUU